AUGAUGCGUGAAGAAAAUAAGAAGAGUAUUAGAAAGCUAUCUGGCCUUAGACAUCGUUAUGUAAUAAAUAGUUUUAUUGGAAAGCAUUACAAGUUUAGUAGCUACUCUUCGGGGCAAGACAGUCUUGUAAUUUAA